CCGAGCCGUGCCUCUGACGUAAAUGCUCCACAGACUAGAGCGCGCGGUGGGCGGGUCGUCACGGAUCGAGUUGUAGAUCCACUGCGCGAGACUACUGAUGAUGCCAAGUGGAACUGACGCGCACCAGUUCAAAAUGUAACUUGGUGAUGAUUUGACCUUCAGUGACUCCAGUCAAGCCAAGAUGAGAGAAGAUACACCAGAAAAUCAAGUGGAAAUGGCAUACGAAUUACACCUGGUUUGUCAUCAAAAGAGUCACUUUUUGCAUCCCUGAGGAAAUAAGUCUGGAUAUUGUCACCGCUUGCCCAAGGGGAAGCCACUUCUCCUCUGUUUUUUGGUGCGCUUCAGUGGGAACAUGGCCAAAAACUCAUUCCGCGGGUCGAAGUACAAGGCAGAGGCCAAUCAUGAUGGAGAGUUUGGCUGCACACUCAAAGAGCUACGCUCUCUCAUGGAAUUCAGAGGGGCAGAUGGAUUACAAAACAUUCAGGAGUGCUAUGGAGAUGUUCAAGUACUCUGCUCCAGGUUAAAAUCAUCACCAACAGAGGGAUUAAGUGGUCAUGCUGAUGACAUUGCAAGAAGAAAAGAAGAAUUUGGAAAGAACUUUAUACCACCUAAAAAGCCCAAAACAUUCCUUCAAUUGGUGUGGGAAGCAUUGCAGGAUGUGACACUAAUUAUUUUGGAAGUUGCAGCCAUAAUAUCCUUAGGCCUUUCUUUCUAUAAACCUCCUGAUGCCGAGAGAGAAUACUGUGGUAGGGCGGCUGGAGGAGCGGAGGACGAGGGUGAGGCAGAUGCGGGCUGGAUCGAGGGUGCAGCCAUCCUCUUGUCCGUCGUUUGUGUGGUUCUUGUCACGGCAUUCAACGAUUGGAGCAAAGAAAAACAAUUCCGCGGACUGCAGAGCCGCAUCGAACAAGAACAGAGGUUUACUGUGCUCCGAGGCGGUCAAGUCGUUCAGAUUCCUGUAUCCGAGAUUGUGGUUGGAGACAUCGCACAAGUAAAAUAUGGUGACCUCCUUCCUGCUGACGGUGUACUUAUCCAAGGCAACGAUCUAAAAAUUGAUGAGAGCUCCCUCACUGGAGAGUCAGACCAUGUGAAAAAAACCCUGGACAAAGACCCCAUGCUGCUUUCAGGCACGCAUGUCAUGGAGGGCUCCGGAAAAAUGCUGGUCACUGCAGUGGGGGUGAACUCUCAGACGGGUAUCAUCUUCACUCUGCUCGGAGGCGGAGAUGAUGAUGAUGAUGAUGAUGAUGACAAUGAGGAGAAAAAAAAAGAGAAGGAGAGGAAAAAGAAGGAGAAGGAGGAUAAAAAGAGGGAGAAGGAGGAGAGAAAGAAAGAAAAAGAGAGGAAGAAGAAGGAGAAGAAAGAAAAAAAGAAAAACAAAAAGCCAGAUGCAACAGAUAAAAAGAAAGAGAAAGAUGGAGGCACAGUGGAGAUGGAGCCCCUCAACAGUGAUGAUGGAACAGAAGAUGAGAAAAAAACCAAGAUACCAAAGAAAGAGAAAUCGGUACUUCAAGGGAAGCUUACUAAGCUAGCUGUACAAAUUGGGAAAGCAGGUCUCUUCAUGUCGGCCAUCACAGUCCUUAUUCUUAUGGUGUUCUUUGUGGUGGACACUUUCUGGAUCCAGGGGCUUCCGUGGAUCAAAGAUUGCACUCCUAUCUACAUCCAGUUCUUUGUCAAGUUCUUCAUCAUUGGUGUCACUGUGCUAGUUGUUGCCGUGCCUGAAGGUUUACCCCUUGCCGUCACCAUCUCAUUGGCCUAUUCUGUGAAAAAAAUGAUGAAGGACAACAACCUGGUGAGACAUCUGGACGCUUGCGAGACGAUGGGCAAUGCCACUGCGAUUUGCUCUGAUAAAACGGGCACCCUUACCAUGAACAGAAUGACAGUGGUUCAGGUGUAUAUUGGAGACAAACACUACAGGAAGGUCCCAGAACCUGAUAUGAUUCCUGGCAACAUCUUGAAUCUGCUCGUCACAGGCAUCAGUGUUAACUGUGCAUAUACUUCAAAAAUAAUGACUGCUGAGAAAGAGGGUGGUCUGCCGCGACAAGUUGGGAACAAAACUGAAUGUGCCUUGCUAGGGUUUACCACUGAUUUACGGAAAGAUUACCAAACCAUUCGCUGUGAAUAUCCUGAGGAAAAACUGUUCAAAGUAUACACAUUUAACUCAGUCAGGAAAUCCAUGAGUACAGUCCUUAAAAAUCACGAUGGAAGUUACCGCAUGUUUAGCAAAGGAGCAUCAGAAAUCCUCCUGAAGAAGUGCUGUAAAGUCCUGUCAAGCAAUGGCGAUGCCAGAAACUUCAGGCCCACUGAUCGGGAUGACGUGGUCAAACAAGUGAUUGAACCCAUGGCCUCUGAGGGCUUGAGGACCAUCUGCCUUGCCUACAGGGACUUUCCUCUUUCAGACGGGGAACCUGAUUGGGAUAAUGAGGCAGAUAUCCUGACUGGACUCACCUGCAUUUGUGUGGUGGGCAUUGAGGACCCUGUUCGGCCAGAGGUCCCAGAUGCUAUUAAGAAGUGUCAGCGAGCAGGCAUCACUGUGCGUAUGGUCACAGGGGACAACAUUAACACCGCUCGAGCUAUUGCAAUCAAGUGUGGCAUUCUCCAUACCGGUGACGACUUCUUGUGCAUUGAAGGCAAAGAGUUUAACAGGCGGAUACGCAAUGAACUGGGAGAGAUUGAGCAGGAGCGCCUGGACAAGGUCUGGCCCAAACUGCGCGUACUUGCAAGAUCUUCUCCAACUGACAAGCAUACAUUGGUCAAAGGUAUAAUCGAUAGCACCGUUGUUGAACAGAGACAAGUAGUUGCUGUCACUGGAGACGGAACCAACGAUGGCCCUGCGCUAAAAAAAGCUGAUGUUGGAUUUGCAAUGGGCAUUGCUGGUACAGAUGUGGCCAAAGAAGCAUCAGACAUUAUCCUGACAGAUGAUAACUUCAGCAGCAUUGUGAAGGCAGUGAUGUGGGGGAGGAACGUCUAUGAUAGUAUAUCCAAGUUCCUUCAGUUUCAGCUGACCGUUAACGUGGUGGCUGUCAUUGUGGCGUUCACUGGAGCCUGUAUUACACAGGACUCCCCUCUCAAAGCUGUACAGAUGCUGUGGGUGAAUUUAAUCAUGGACACAUUUGCGUCACUAGCUCUAGCGACGGAGCCUCCCACUGAGGCUUUAUUGUUGCGCAAACCGUACGGCCGCAACAAGCCUCUUAUUUCCCGCACCAUGAUGAAGAACAUCCUCGGACAUGCUGUGUAUCAGCUAACCAUCAUCUUCACACUGCUGUUUGCCGGUGAGCAGAUCUUUGACAUUGACAGCGGCAGGAACGCUCCUCUUCACGCUCCUCCUUCAGAGCACUACACCAUCGUCUUCAACACAUUCGUAAUGAUGCAGCUCUUCAACGAGAUUAACGCUCGAAAGAUCCACGGUGAGAGAAACGUUUUUGAGGGCAUCUUCAAAAACAUGAUCUUCUGUACCAUCGUAUUUGGGACCUUUGUUAUCCAGAUCGUAAUCGUGCAGUUUGGAGGGAAGCCUUUUAGUUGUGUAGGUCUCUCUGUUGAGCAGUGGAUGUGGUGUGUCUUCCUUGGUUUUGGCUCUCUUCUCUGGGGGCAGUUUAUUACCACCAUUCCCACAAGUCGCCUGAAGUUCCUGAUGACAGCAGGUCAUGGCACCCAGAAGGAGGAGAUACCUGAGGAUGAGCUGGAGGAGAUGGAAGACCUGGAUGAAAUCGACCAUGCUGAGAUGGAGCUGAGAAGGGGGCAGGUUUUGUGGUGUAGGGGUCUCAACAGAAUUCAGACACAGAUCCGUGUGGUUAAUGCUUUCCGGGAUACCAUGUCCCCUUACGAAGGCCUGGAGACGCCAGAGUCUCGCAGCUCCAUUCACAACUUCAUGAGCCACCCAGAGUUCCGUAUCGAGGAUUCAGAGCCAGCCAUCCCCCUCAUCGAUGACACAGAUCCUGAGGAGGACGCACCUACUAAACGCAACACGGUUCCUUCCCCACUGCCUCUAGUUUUAUCCUCCCCUAAUCAGAACAAUAAUGCAACCGACAACAGGGGCUACCAUCACCACAAAGAUCUAGCAAAAACUAUCCUUCCUCCAGCUCCUGGAAGCCCCUUACACAGCCUGGAGACCUCUCUCUAAUCCAGUACCACCUACGUCAGACCACGUCAACAACUGAGGGCACAUUAAGGACAAGGUCAGGGCUUUCGGGCUUCUGAUAGUGAACUGGAAAAGUAGCAAAACUUGUUAUUUUUGUUUUUUAUUUAUUUCAUAGGGGUUUUGUUUCAUUCUUAUCUUACCUGCACACCUGGAAAGUGUACGGUUUGGGAAUGAACAUUGUUGCUCAAAUGUUCAAAUUCUUUCCCCUUAUAUUUUGUUCACUUAAAUAUUUUGAUAUAUGGUGUAUUGGAUGUUCAUGUAGUUAAACAUUUUGAGCAGUUUUUGGACACUUUCUUAUUUUGGAAGAAAAAAAUUAUUCACAUGUAGUUGCUGCUCUGUCUAAUUGUGAGCACAAAAACUUUUUGAAGGUGCACUAUUUGCCUCUAAAUAGGUUUUGAUUGUGAUUUUUAGAAAGCUAGAUGUAAAUUAAAUGAGAAAUGAUACAAUGCCUCAACAUUUUUAAAGCGGUACGGCAGGACAGUUAAAGGUUGGGUAGGCUAUUUUGGAGAGGUUGGCGCUUCAGAGCUUUCCAAAGCCACGCCUCCUUCAAAAUACAUGAAUGCGUACAGACAGAGUACGUCCCGAGAGACGCCGUUAAAUUAUCUGACUCAAAGCACAUGACAUUACUAUAAUAAUGAACGUAAACAACUUACAGAGCUCGGAAUUGUAUCUCUGCUGCAGAUUAAUUUCGGCGUUGAUAGUGUUGCCAGAAAGUCUGAGGAUCUGAGGACCAUCUUGUAAUUACGGUUACGACAAAGUGGCAUAAACUCAUUGUUUUGGUUCAGGGGAGAGUUGUAAAAGGUGGCUCCUGUUUGUUUGCGGUGCUCAGUGACUGUCUGUCUACAACUCUGCAUAGCCUUAGCGUUCCGCGCUGAUGACGUGCAAUGUCUCCGCGAGCAUGUGCGCGAAGGCAUGGAAAUACAUACGCUGACAGGCAGGUAGGACAUCCUGAACAUUUUUUGGUCCUGAGACUUCCACAGAAGAUAUAUACAUUUUUUAAUAUUUAGACCACUUCUGUUAUUGAUUGCCAUCAGGAUGUAAAGGGAGUUUCAACCAGGAUAACAAAAAUUGUUUAUGAAAAAACAAAUUGCCUACCCUACCUUUAAAGUUGUUGAUUUUGAGCCUCUUAUUUUAUGAAAAGUAACUGUACUCACAAAAAUGCCACAUCCAAGGUGUUAUUAAGAGAACGAAAUACUUUUUUUAAUUAAAGGACGUGAUAGUUCAGGGAGGCCAUGCUAAAAUGUGACCGUAUUUUCUGUUUAGAGUGGUUUUAUCAGUUUUGAUCCACACCGCCUCCUUAAACUACAGAUGAGGGCUCAAGCACACAACACAAUUCAGUCAAGUCAAGAAGCUGUUGUUUGAAAUAUUGUAAUGGUAUUAAUUACAGCAGACAUUAUUCAUUGUCAGGACAUGAAAAUGGUUUCAGCAUAAUGUGGUAUAGGAUUUGUAAACAAUAUAAGAUGAGUAUAGAAAUGGAGAAAUUUGUUGGUUAAUUUUGUUUAUUUCACUGUAGUUUCAUUCUCAUUUGGGGAAUGAAUAUUUUUCCAUCUGUUUAUGGAAAAUAAUUUUGUAAAUGUAAAUGGUUAUUGUGGUUUAAUUUACAUUUGGAAGUCUUUAAGUUAUGUGUAUGGUUUUUGACAAUAAAAUAUUCAUAUUUAGCUUAA